UGCUCUGUGGUUGCUGUUGCUGUCAAAAAACAAUAUUUUGGUGAUUGGCAAACGGGCGAACGUGCUAUUGAAAACAAAAGCAAUUUUCAUCAAAUUCUGCGUAAAAUCUCUUUAAAAUGAGCUCAGGAUUUAUAACAGAGUCCGAAGCUUUGGAAGAGAGGCGGCGGCGCCAGGAAGAAUGGGAGAAAGUGCGCACUGAGGACCAACCCAAGGAAGCCCCCGAGGAGCCCUAUGACAACCGGCCGCUGUUCACACGACUCGAGGAGCAGCGCCUCAAGAAGGAGGCGGAGUAUGAGGAGGCACAUAAAUUGAAGAACAUGAUCCGAGGGCUGGACGACGACGAGGUGGGUUUCCUGGACCUGGUGGAGAGCAGCAAGGCGCAGGCCGCGCAGCAGAUCUUCCUCGAGGAGAAGAAGGAAAUGCAGGAGUUCCGAGAGCGAGUGUCAAACGCCACCGAGUCAGCGGAGAUGCAGCGGCUGCGCGCGCAGCUCGCCCCCUCCCGCCCCGCGCCCCCCGCGCCAAUGAGGAAUAGUCUGCAGGGGGUGAUAGUCAGGAAGCGCAAGGCGAGUGAAGUGGAUGCUGAGAAGACAGACAAAGACGCGCCCGCAGCUAAACAGAACGGAGUCGCCAACAACACUACCAGCGGCGCGGCGGGCGCGCUGCGCGUGGUGGGCGUGCUGCCCGGGCUCGGCCACUACGGCGCCUGCUCCAGCGACAGCGACUGCUCCAGCGACGAGGACGAUUGCUGCACGAAGCGCGACCUGCUGGGCCGCCGCGCCGCCGACAAGAAGAAAGAGGAAGACAAGAGUUAGAACGAGACAAAACAUUCUAAAUUAUAAUAUUAGACGUUAUAGCCCACAGCCCCUUUAUAGUGUAAUGAAAAGUUUGAAAUGGAAAUCACUGCAUAAGUAGCUAUACACUUUUGUUCCUCAUCAAACUAGCUACAGUGCCACAAACUUAUCUGUUCCGGUG